UGCGGGACAGGCGUCUUGAGAAAAUGAAGAUAGACAUGGCUGCCCAAGAUGGGGAAUAUUUUAAUAUCGGAAGUAUUGUCUCCUGCACGACGUGUUACAACCAGAAAAUCCAGGGUGAAGUGUUAGCUUUCGACGAGGGCACAAAAAUGCUUGCGAUCAAAUCAUCUGCAGCCAGUGGGAAGCGAGAUGUCCAUGAUAUAAGGAUGGUCAACUUGUCCUUUGUUAGCCACAUCAAGGUGACAAAAGAAUGCAAUGACCCCCCACCCCCACUCACUAGCAUCAGUAUACAAAAGAUACAGAGUAGAUUACGACAGAACUUGGACGAGAAGAGAAGGCAGGUGAACUACAUAGGUAUCGGCGUAACCCCAGAGGGCCAAAGGGCAUUUAACUCAAUCGUCAAAACAUUGAAUGAAGUCAGGUGGAACGGGAAAGACAUAGUAGUGAUGGAUGAAGUCAAAAUCGUGCCGCCAUAUGGACCAGAAAACUGCACAGGGAAGGAGGGACAACUCCUCAGUCACGUCAAAAAAAUUCUACAGAAACACCACACUGAAGAGAGUCAAAAGUCUGAACAGAGGAAGUCUGCCUCCCCAGUUCCUAGUGCAUCAUGAACAAACUGAAACAUUUUUUUACAAAGGGAGACAAUUGUAUACAUACAAAUACACACACACAGACAUUAAAAAAAAAAAUCCAAGAAUCUUACAUAAACAUCUGAACUUUUUUUUUGGAUUAAAAAAAAAAGUUUUUUUUAACAAGAUAAAAUGCAACUUGCAAUAUAUUUGUGUGCGAAUUAAUGUAGAGUCUGGAGCACUUUUGUUUUUAUGUUUUAUUGAAAUACUGAAAAUGAAAAAUACAACUGAAGUACGUAGGAAACACAAGAGGUCAUAUUUGAAAGUUGUGGAAAUUCUUCAAUGGUUGUUAUGGCAUUGUCAAGGAAGCUGGCUAAAUGUCCAUCAAACUAGUAUUUCGCAUGGCAUAGUUUUUAAUUUUUUGGAAAAAAAUCUCAAUUAUGUUGUAAAUUUUAAGAUAUGUUAAAGAAAGAACUGAAUACACUAUGCAAUACCAGAUUAGAAGGGAAGAAAUUUUGAAUCAUGUCAUCAAUUUUAAGGAUUUUAUAUACUGAGAAGAAAUGUAAUGAAAUUGUUAUAAAGGGGAAAACAGUGAUUGUAUGAGGGAAGAGUUAUUUAUUGAAACAAGAAAACUUAAGUUGUGUUGUUUGAAGAUUAUUAAAACUGAUAAUGCAGGA